AUGGCCACGGUCUUAAAUCUCCGUCUUGUCAACAAAUCGACAUACGAGACCAUCGGAUCACUCGAGCCGCAUAUCUGCCGCUGGUUCAUGCGCCUGCACGAUAUCCAUGCUUUUGCUCCUCUUAUCACACUGGAUCCGCAGACAGGCGGCCAGCGACCUCUCACAGUGCAUACACUCCCGAGAUUCAUUUACCGUCAACGUACUGCAAGCCAAUUAGCACGGCGUAUCAUUCCCUCUGUAUGGGGCCCGUACAAUGAUGACGGAAAUCCUGAGAUGGAUUACAAUGCUGAAUUGAAACUCGCACAAACACUGGAACGAGGAUUGCAUGUGCUCUUUCACUUUGCGGAUGCCUCCCUUGAUACGGAGAUGCCGCAAGUGGAAGACCGGGAGAAAUCAGCUACCUAUGGUCCUGAGCGGCCUCUAGAACUGACUUGGGCAUCGGACCUGUACGACGACCUCCUACAGCAUAGGAGCCGAUCGAUGAACUUCGAUAAGAGUCUCGAUCAUAUCUACGCAGCGUUGGAAUGGGGACAUGUGGAAGCAGAAAUCGGCAGGAAAAGGCUUCGUCUGAGGAGCUAUCUUGAUGAACAAACUGAAAUUGAUUUUCACACUGCUCUACGAAUGUUGCGGGAGCUCAUGGAGCGUAUGCUUCUUAGACACGGCCCGAAGGAUUGGCACCGGGAUGCAAAGAACGAAUACAGCCUGAUUUCAUGGUUCAUGCUGAAGCAAUCACCCAGAACGUUGGCGAAGCUAUUUCUAAGUCCUCAAGACAAAUGUUGUCAUCUGGAUGAUAAAACUACUGAUGGUGGCGUCAGAGAGUGUCGCUUUGCGGAUCCGUUGGACAUUUACUGGAAGGAGUGGAAGAACGACCUGGAGCUGCGAUGUCGCGAUUGCGACUGUAGACGCCGCGUCCGGAGCUGGAGCGUGAAGCCGGCAGUGAUUGACGCUCGAGGGCGGGAAUUCAAUCGAGCAGCGGAGAGGUAUCUGAAGGAGACGUGGAGCCAAAGACAUGUGACUCGGCAGAGGAAAUCUAACGCAUUCGCCGGGUACAGAGACGUCCUGUCGACGCUGCAAUCCAGCAGGCCCCUUUUCUCCUCAUACCUCCGUAUCAGAUCUCUCGCCAAAUCACCAUCAAAUCCAGAACUCCAACAAGCUCGCUCGGAGCUCGAGGCUACACUAACAGACCUAACCGCGGAUCUAGAUGAUCUCGUGGAGAGUGUCCGCGCAAUCGAGCAAGACCCAUACCGGUAUGGCCUCGAAAUCGAGGAAGUCGCACGCCGACGGAAGUUGGUGGACGAGGUCGGGGAUGAGGUCGAGAAGAUGAGAGAGGAGUUGCAGAGGGUCGUCACGACUGCCGACACAGUUGGCAGUACCAGGACAGCUACGUCGGGACUGCCGAAUCCGGCCGACUUUGAUAAUGUCCUGUCUCCCUCUGCGGAUGAUCGCGGGGACGAUUACUACUCUGCUCUUGAGCAGCAGCGGCAGAUGGAGCUGAUGCAUGAACAAGAUGAACAGCUAGACGGGGUAUUUCAGACCGUGGGCAACCUACGACAACAGGCGGAUGAUAUGGGGAGAGAGCUGGAAGAGCAGGCCGUCAUGAUCGACGAGGUUGAUACGUUGGCUGAUAGGGUUGGAGGCAAGUUGAGCGACGGGAUGUCACGGAUAAAGCACAUCGUGCGAAAGAACGAAGGUAAGUGA